GCUGAUACAAACAACUAACAACCAACACAUAACAGCCAAUCCAAACAAGGCCAGUGUAUGAUUAUCACUACCGUGACACUGGGUACCAGAAUAUAGUUCCAUCAGUUCCGGAUUUUAUUCUAUCCGCGCCUAUUAUAAGAGAAAUACCCGCUUGGAAAAUUGUCAGUUUCUUUUCUUGUUUUCAACAACUGCUCUGGUAAGUGCCUGCGUAUCCGGCGUUGCCCCGCCUCAGCCGUCCCCGCCAGCGCCGCCGCUGGCGGGAGCCAUUUCUUGAUCUCCGCUCGUUCAGGUCCUUAACAUGAAGGUGUGUGGAAUGCCAGGGUAGAACUGCCAGAUGCUUAUCCUCUUGUCUCCUUCUAUCAAUUAUCCCAAUGAGAUUUAUAAUUGAAAUAUUGAUGAAAUGGCAGGGACAGUUUGUUGUCACCUUUAUUUGCUUAAGGCUCGGACAAUUUUGAAGGAAGCUUGAUAGGAAGUAUUGCACGUACAGAGGACAUGGCAUGUGGGAAGUGACUGUGGCAGUGGGAUGAUCCAUCCACAUUGGCCAGAUAUUCCACUGGAGAUAUAUAUAGAGAACACUCUUGAAAUGGAGCCUAAAGAUGUUGAUAAUCUGUCUUAUGGACUAUGGAUUUCAUGCAUUGACCAUGUGAUGGCCUGUUCGCAGCACACGAAUGAUCAGAAGCCGAGGCAGGGAGAUUCCUUCUUUUUUUCGUAGCGCAGCAUACAGGGAUACAUUUCUAACCAUUUUGAUCUUUUCAGGAAAAAUGGACAGGAGUGCUGUUGAACGCGAGCUUGCUCAGCUGGGACAACAACUGGAACGUGAGAUGCAGCUGCUCGAUCAGCUUGGCCAAGCACCACGGGACGUCUAUGCCCGUCCGGAGUUUGGGGGAUGGGAAAGUGUAGAAGCGCAGGGUGCCUUCAUCGACUGCUGCAUCAGGGUGACGAGGUUAAAUAGAAGGAUGCGCGAGCUUCAUCGCCAACUGGUGCACAGCCGUCUCUAGACCUUUUCUUGUGCUGUUCUUUCUUUCAUGCUGUUCAGUUUUAAUUUGUUGGAUUUGCUCCUUCUUAUGUAGUCUAAACUGAGGUUUAGACUAG